UUGAUUCAAUCCGAACUUUGAUCACUGCUAGGUUUUGAUUGUAUUGCUUGGAUUGCAUUUGAAAAACAUGUUUAUUAAAUAUCUUGGAUUUCUUAUGCAGAUCCCUUUCUCGAUCAGUCGGCAGAUCAUUUUCUAAUCCGAGAAGCUAUUCAGAGUAUGUUCUCUGAAUGUACAACCAAGAGCAUAAAUGCAUUCAGAUCAUUGGGCCAGGACAAAGUUUUGUGUUAACCUCUCUAUAGUGAUUACAUGUUUAAUUUAUGUGUUUCUGAUUCUUUACUGAGUGUUCUGUUAGUGCAAGAUUUUUGAGAUUUUAGCGUCUGAUUUUACAUGCAGUGACAAAAAGAAAUCUAGGAGUGUAUCUAGAUCACCUCAACCACGGGGGCUCCCCAUUUCCUCUGAUAGGAUGUAUCAUUCCCUAAGAAGUCAAUCUCUAUCUCCUCGGUCAUGCUUUCCUGCAAGACGAAGACCGUCUUAUUCCAGGCAAAGAUCUCGAUCUCAUUCACUUAGCAGAUCACCAUCUCCUGUAAGACGUAGAUUACGUUCUCCUUAUCAGCGCUGGUCACCUACACUCGUUCGUCGUAGAUAUCUUUCACCCAUCUGUCGUCAUAGAUCACCAUUAUCAAUUCGACGUCGCAGAUCAUCGUCUCUUGUUCGACGUCAUAGAUCUCCAUCAACUGUGUUUCGUAGAUCUAGUUCGCCUGUGCGCCGCAGAUCUGCUUCAUCUGUAUGUCGUAGAUCUCCAUUACCCAUGUGCCGUAGAUCUCCAUCACCCUUGCGACAUAGAUCACCUCAUAUGCAACGCAGAUCACCCUCUUCUGUGCGACAGCGUCAUCACAGAUUGUCAUCAACACCACGACAUAGGUCGUCGUCUCUUGUGCGACGUAGAUCACCGGGUUCCAACCGUAGGUCAAUAACUCCUUCCCAUGGUAAGUCUCUUUCACUUUAUCAAUCAUGUUCUCUGUCUCCUGUGCAACAUAGAUCUUCUUCACCGCUUAAGAGGUCUCCAAAGGAUUGAAGAUCACCUUCGUUUUCUCCUGGAGAAAGACAACGGUAUGAUGACAUCCUGUUCCUACUGAUUUUGUCUAUUUGAAAAUUCUUGGGUAUGUGAAACAGUUUAAUGAAUAUCGCAAAAUUCUGUGGUGCAGAAUGCGUAGAAAGUUGUCUCCUGUGGGACAUAGGUCCUCUAUUAUGAGGUCCCCGCAUGGAGAUUUUAUGGAUAAGAGGAAUGCAGUCGAUAAAGUGCCCGCUUUAUCACUGUUCCUGAAUCAACCCUUCCUUCUCCAAAUCUCCAUCACCUUCGAGUAAUCGAUCUGCCAGUGAAGAUAGGAGGUCGCCAAGUCCGUCUGAGAGUCCUAUGAGGCAAAAGAGGGAGCGAAUUGCUCGUGAUAAUAGCUUUAGUCCUGAACAGAAACCGAGAGAAAUGAAAAGUCGGCAGGACAGUCAAGGGAAUGGGAGAAAAAAUGAAGCCAGCAGAAGCAGGUUAGAUUCCAAAUUAGUAAUUUUUCUUACUAUUUUAGUGCUUCUGUUGGCUCUUGUUAGAUUAUGAAUGUUCAA